UGUCGUUGUGUGGUGGCAGAACAGCGGACCAUUCAAAGAAGUGCGCCUACUGAUCAUACCAUCUUUUCAACAGCACAUUACGUCGCCACACAACUGUCCACUGAUAGACAUCGUCGUUACGUGGUGGCAAUGGGGCGGACCAUUCAAAGAAAUGCGCCUACUGACCAAACCAUCUUGUCAACGAAGCACUAG